CGGCCAUGAAGCGCCCCUCAGGGCCGGAGGAGGCCCAGCCGCCGGCCUCAGACAUCCGCAUGUUUGCCAGCAGCUGCUCGAUGCACGGCCUGGGCCACGUCUUCGGCCCGGGGGGCCCGAUGGCGCGCCGGGGGCUGUGGAGCACAGCCGUGCUCCUGGCACUGGCCACCCUCCUCUACCAGGUGGCUGGGAGGGUGCGCUACUACGGGGAGUUCCACCACGAGACGGCCCUGGAGGAGCGUGAGAGCCGCCGGCUCACCUUCCCGGCCGUCACCCUGUGCAACAUCAACCCGCUGCGCCGCUCUCGCCUCACGCCCAACGACCUGCACUGGGCCGGGCCCGCGCUGCUGGGCCUGGAGCCCGCCGAGCAUGCUGCCUACCUGCGUGCCCUGGGCCGGCCCCCCGCGCCGCCCGGCUUCAUGCCCAGCCCCACCUUCGACGUGGCCCGGCUCUACGCCCGGGCCGGGCACGCCCUCGAGGACAUGCUGCUGGCCUGCCGCUACCGAGGCUGGGCGUGCGGGCCCGAGAACUUCACCACGGUCUUCACACGCAUGGGGCAGUGCUACACCUUUAACUCUGGCGCCGAAGGGGCAGAGCUGCUCACCACUCCCAAGGGCGGCAUGGGCAACGGGCUGGAGGUGCUGCUGGACGUGCAGCAGGACGAGUACCUGCCUGUGUGGAGGGACACGGAGGAGACGCCGUUUGAGGUGGGGAUCCGAGUGCAGAUCCACAGCCAGGAGGAGCCGCCACUCAUUGACCAGCUGGGCUUUGGGGUGGCCCCUGGCUACCAGACUUUUGUGUCCUGCCAGAAGCAGCAACUGAGCUUCCUGCCGCCACCCUGGGGUGACUGCAGCUCUGUCUCUCUGGACCCUGACUUUGAGCCAGAACCUUCUGGUCCUCUGGAUCCCCCCAGGCCCAGCCCAGGUCCCAGCCCUCCCUAUAGUCUAAUAGGGUGUCGCCUGGCCUGCGAGAGCCGCUAUGUGGCUCGGAAGUGUGGCUGCCGAAUGAUGCAUAUGCCAGGCAGCGCGCCAGUGUGCAGCCCCCAGCAGUACAAGGACUGUGCCCACCCGGCGCUGGACGCCAUGCUGCAGAAGGACGCGUGCACCUGUCCCAACCCGUGCGCCAGCACGCGCUACGCCAAGGAGCUCUCCAUGGUGCGGAUGCCGAGCCGCACCGCAGCCCGCUACCUGGCCCGGAAACACAACCGCAGCGAGGCCUACAUCGCGGAGAAUGUGCUGAUGCUGGACAUCUUCUUUGAGGCCCUCAACUACGAGACGGUGGAGCAGAAGAAGGCCUACGAAAUGUCGGAGCUACUCGGUGACAUUGGGGGCCAGAUGGGGCUGUUCAUCGGCGCCAGCCUGCUCACUAUCCUUGAGAUCUUGGACUACCUCUGUGAGGUGUUCCGGGACAGAGUCCUGGGCUACUUCUGGAACCGAAAGCGCUCCCAAAGGCACUCCAGCGCCAACCUGCUUCAGGAAGGGCUGGGCAGCCAACGAACCCCAGUUCCCCACCUCAGCCUGGGCUCCAGGCCUCCCACCGCUCCCUGUGCCGUCACCAAGACGCUGUCUUCCUCUCAACGCACCUGCUACCUCGUCACCCAGCUCUAGAUGGGGCAUCUGUGUCUUCAGGGCCGCACCCUGACGUCCUGGACGUGGCCAGCCCGCACGUGUCUUUCCACCUUCACCCCAAAUAAAGUUCUAGUGCCUCA